ACACAAGAAGUACUGAAUACCCCUCAAGAUGCCAUUUGACAUAGGAAAGACAAAUGGAACCUGGAAGGUCAAUAGGACCUCAGACAACUACAUACAGCUGCUGGGGAAACUUGGAGUUCCUGAAGACAUAGCCAAGAAAAGCCUGGAUGCAGAGUACCCUCUACAGAUGACAGUGUCUGGGGACAGCUUCUCCUCCAAGAUGGAGGUGAUGGGGAAGACAGUGGAGAACUCCUACACCCUCGGGGUCGAGGGCAUGGAGCAAGAUGCACUGGGCAAGACAAGGAAGGUGACCUACACCCAGGAAGGGGACUGCCUGGUGUCAGUGUACCCUGACUAUGAUGGGAUGGGGCUGGUGUUCCGACACUCUCGUCGCUUCCUGGACGACAAUACCUUACACCUGGAUAUGACAGUGGGGGACCUGGAAGGCUGGUCUGAGUCCAAGAGAUGUUAGACAUCCCAACUCUUCACAAUGUGACCUGCUCUUUCUGAGUGAUACUUGUGUUUUGCAGUUGUUUUCACAACAGUCAAAAAGUUCUGUUUGUUUGUUGUUUGGAUACUGGUUAAAUUUCCUUAUGGCAUAACAAUAAUCAGCUGCGUACUAAUGAUUUCAAGCUGCAUAUCCAGAAUAGAUCUAUCUGAUCUACUGACACUAAGAUGGUCCCCUACUCUUUUUGAUU